AAGUGGGAGGAGCGUGGACAUGAGCAAGAAAGAAGAAAGAAAAGAAGUGGAUGAAAGAGAGGUUAUACCCUUGCUCAACCCAUACAAGAUGGGGAAUUUCGAUCUAUCCCACAGGAUAGUGUUGGCACCCUUAACACGAUCGAGGUCUUACAACUUCGUCGCUCAGUCGCAUGCUGUUCUAUAUUAUUCUCAGAGAGCUACUAAGGGUGGCUUCUUGAUUGGGGAGGCCUCCGGUGUCUCUCCUACAGCACAGGGGUACCCUAACACACCUGGAAUUUGGACAAGAGAACAGCUGGAAGCUUGGAAACCCAUUGUGAGCGCUGUUCAUGAGAAGGGAGCUAUUUUCUUUUGUCAACUUUGGCACGCCGGAAGAGUCUCUAACUCUCAAUAUCAACCGGAUGGCGAAGCCCCGAUAUCAAGCACAGAGAAGCGACUUCGUAAGGAUAUUGGCAAUAAUAAAGCAACAGCUGAUAGAUACACAACUCCUCGCCGGGUGAGAACCGAUGAAGUCCCCGAGCUUGUCAAUGACUUCGUCAUUGCUGCUAAAAAUGCCAUCGAAGCGGGUUUUGAUGGAGUGGAGAUACACGGAGGGAACGGGUACUUACUGGAGCAGUUUCUGAAGGACGAGGUGAACGACAGAGAUGACGAAUACGGAGGUAGCUUAGAAAACCGUUGCCGCUUCCCACUGCAAGUGGUGAAGGCAGUGGCCGAUGAGAUCGGAGUUGAUAAGGUUGGGAUUAGGCUCUCGCCAUUUGCUGAUUAUAACGAUUGCGGAGACUCUAACCCUCAGGCAUUGGGCCAAUACAUGGCUCAGUCAUUGAGUGAAGUGGGGAUUCUGUAUAUUCACUUGAUCGAGCCCAGGAUGGUAACACAAUUCGAUAAGUUUCACACCAAAUGGUCACUAACACCAAUAAGGAAGGCCUUCAAGGGGACUUUUAUUGUGGCUGGUGGUUACGAUAGGAGUGAGGGAAACGAGGCUAUAUCUAGCGGCGCCGCCGAUUUGAUCGCUUAUGGACGCCUCUUUUUGGCCAAUCCAGAUCUCCCCGCAAGAUUUGAAUUGGAUGCUGAGUUAAACGAACCCGAUCCCACCACCUUUUACACGCAUCACCCUGUUAUUGGAUACACGGAUUAUCCUUUUCUUCACCAUAUAUAAUUACUUAAGGGCUACGUAUGUUUGUAUCAUAUAAGGUUCUAAGUUUAUUGUUCUACUGUUUUUCUU